AUGCUCCGAUGCUUCGGAAGCGUCUGCUCCAACCGUGACCGUGUGGUGGCGAAGUCUUGGACUACCGGGCUCGGAUCUCUGGAGCCGCGCACCAACCUGGGUGGCAUACUUGGAGGGCGCACCACCCCCUUGCGGAAAAUGGAGUGCAGGAUAUGUCCCGAAUGGCUUUUCAAGACGAAGGUGUGCGCACCCAUCCUUGCAGCUGGCAUCAUGCAGGCCGUGCUGCUGGAGACGUUGUGCCGCAGGCCGUGGAGACGAGACGAGUUGGUCAGACAGAGGAAUGCGGGCAAGCGCGAUCCCUCCUUCACGAGUCCCGUCCUCAAUGACCAGACAUGGGCGGUGACUAUCGACCCGAAGGAGUGUUCACACCCCGGGGGACCAACGUCGCUGACGAGGCUGAGUUGA